AUGGCAAACUCAUACUUUCCGAUAAAGAAUAUAACGACGUAUACCAGUAAUUGGACGAUUUUGGGCAAAGUCGUUGAAAAAUCACCCCUCAAGUCACUAAAAGGAGAUAACGCAUUUUUGUUUGUGGACAUUGUCGAUAAAAACGGAGAUACCAUUCGAGCUAAAUUUUGGGGUUUAGCAGCCAACAAAUGGAAUGAUCUGUUAGAAAAGGGGAACGUCUAUACCUUUUCAAAAGGAUCAGUUAAUUUGUCCAACAAAAAGUUCAACAACACCCCUCACAACUACGAAAUAACUUUUGGUACGGAUGGGGUAAUAGAUCCCUCGGACGAACUUGACGACAUAAACGUCGAGAGAAACUACGAAUUCGUUACGCUGAGGGAUAUAAAGUCAACGUCGCGCGACACUCCAUUCGUGGUUGAUAUUUUAUGUUUCGUAAAGUCGCUGACACCAGUCUCAGUGACUAAUACAAAGUUUAACAGAGACACUAAAAAGAGAUUACUGUAUGUUGUGGAUGAUACGAGCUAUGAGUUGGAAGUGACCCUUUGGGGCCAAAUGACUGAGCUCCCAAUAUUCGACGAUAUCCUAGAUAAGCCAGUUAUACUGUCACAAGUGACAAUAAAGGAGUGGAAUGGAGGAAGAUUCGGACAAACAAGCUUGACGACAGAUAUAAAAUUGGCAGACUUUCAGUCGGUUAGAAAUAAAGAUAGACUCUCAACACUUGAAGCGUGGUAUCAGAAGGCUAUGUCCGAAAAUGAAACUUUCAAAACCAUGAAAACACAGACCAUGUCUUCAUCCAGAGAUUCAUAUGAGUUUUCAACCAUUGAAGAUGCCAUGACCAGAGCGAAGGGCUAUUUCACAUUCAACUGUAAACUUAGGAAACUGUUUUGGAAAAACAAGGACGGAGAUAUGAGACUCUGGUACCACUCCUGCCCAAACUGUUACAAGAAGGUAGUCGAAGAACAAGAAAACGUUUGGAGGUGCAUCACCUGUGACGACUCAAUAGUUACACCAGUAUUGAGAUACAUUGUUACUUGUGUUUUUGUGGACUUUUCAGGCCAAAUGGUGUCAACAGUAUACUCAGAUAAUGGGAAAAAACUCCUUGGAUAUACAGAACAGGAACUGGACGCAAUGGAUAAGGAACAACUUAAAAAUACACUUGAUUUCGACGUUCUCCAUAGGGAUUUCAAAGUCUCAGGAUUCUUCAAAAACAAAACAUAUAACGGAGAAUCAAGGAAUAUAUUUAAUGUAACGAACGUAGAGGAAGUUGAUUACGCAAAAGAGACUGAAUUACUUCUUGAAAAGAUGCAAAUAACAUAUGAGUCUGUUGAAAACUUUUUAUCCCUGGGCAACCCAGAUUCUCAAAGUUCCCAAAAGAAAACCAAAUUUGACCAACAAUUAUAA